AUGCAAAGUCACCAUAUAGUGAAAGAUCAGAAGGGUCACCAUGCUGAGAAAGAGUCAGCGGUGCACCCUGAAAAGAAGACUACUGAUCAGAAGGGUCACCAUGCUGAGAAAGAGUCAGCGGUGCACCCUGAAAAGAAGACUACUGAUCAGAAGGGUCACCAUGCUGAGAAAGAGUCAGCGGUGCACCCUGAAAAGAAAACUACUGAUCAGAAGGGUCACCAUGCUGAGAAAGAGUCAGCGGUGCACCCUGAAAAGAAGACUGAUGAUCAGAAGGGUCACCAUGCUGAGAAAGAGUCAGUGGUGCACCCUGAAAAGAAGACUGUGCACCCAGAGAAGAAGCCUGCAGAUCACAAGGGUCACCACGAUGAGAAAUCAUCAAAGGUGCACCCAGAGAAGAAGCCUGCAGAUCACAAGGGUCACCACGAUGCGAAAUCAUCAAAGGUGCACCCAGAGAAGAAGCCUGCAGAUCAUAAGGGUCACCAUGAUGAGAAAUCAUCAAAGGUGCACCCAGAAAAGAAGCCUGCCGAUCACAAGGGUCACCACGAUGAGAAAUCAUCAAAGGUGCACCCAGAGAAGAAGCCUGCAGAUCAUAAGAUGCCUACAUCAGAUAAAAAGCAAAGUGGCAUAAAGAAGGCAAAACCUGUAAAGCAGCCACCAAAGACUGGGACAGCCGCUAAGGCAAAGCCCCAGAAAGUGAAAGGUGCAACUAAAUCUUCAGCACCUAACAAGAAAAAACCAGUUACAAAGUUAAGCAGCAAAAUUGCCAAAAGGACAACAAUGACUGGCAAAGCAGCAAUGACUGGCAAAGCGGCAAUGACUGGAAAAGCGGCAAUGACUGGCAAAGCGGCUAGCUUAUCAUCGAAGAAGAACUUACCAAAGGCCAAGAAAACUAAGAAAUGAGAUAAAAAAAAAGGACUUAAUGAGGCGGUAAAGUGGGCGGAGGAGGGUUCAGGAUUCUACAACAACCUAAGAAAUGAGAGAUACACUUUAAUUUCAUCUUCGUUACUCAAACUUGACUUGUCGACGUUCAAGAGGAGGUUAAAGUGGGCGGAGGUGGGUUUAGGGUGCGACAAACACCCGUGACUAUUGAUGUAACUGAGGCUAGCCAAAUAUUCUUAAGCUGGCCUUGACCGACAAGUAGUUACAUCAAAGUCAAGAAGAGAAAUUUGCUUUGUCAGAAGAAACCAAAAGCAUCAGGCAGCGCUUUGAUGGACCAGACUGACAAGAACUAAUAACCCUGCAAAGAAGAUAGGAAACAUCCCCAGGACGUGCAGGACCUUCUCACUACAGUAUUGAAGACACUUUAUAGAAGAGAAGACUUCACCUUUCAGAUGAAAUUCCUUCAUUUGUUCUCAAACUGGAAAUUCAUCUCUUCUAGUGCAGACCAUGAUACUGUUGUGAGAAAUAACUUGAAA